UGUGUGUUUGGAACCAUAUCGCGUUUAAAGUCCAAAGAUCUAAUGAGCACAGUUCUUUACCUUUGAUUCGCGUUCAUGUUUCAGUUUGGAAAGACAGGUUCUCAUCGGAGCAACGCUAUUCAGAAGUCAGAGACACACAUAGCUCGUGAGAGUGAGCACAUAAUUCUUGAGUAUUCCUCUGAGUAAUAUUCGCAGUAACUUCUUCAAUGCACGUUUACCCGCUUUGUCCCUGCAGCCUACGGGAACCUGGCUUCCCCCGCCAGGGGUUUCUCUUCUGCGUAUAAAUGGCUCAAUUGCCACAGACCGUCGCGCCGCAGUUACACAUAGCUGGUGCCACGGGAUUCGAAACGAAGGGGAAAGGAUCGAAGCAAAAGCAGCAGCAGCAGGAGAUUGCUCGGGAGGACCUAUCGGUUGAGAUGGCAACCUGGGCCGAUGACUCGGAAGAUGUCACAGCCCCCCUCAUCGUCGCUGAGUCAGCAAGCAACGAGGCAACGUCUGGGGAUCCAGUGUUUACCGUAGAAGACGCUAUCGAGCAUGUCGGAUUCGGCAAGUAUCAGUUAAUUCUGGGAAUAUACGUUGGUCUGACUUGGGUCGCAGAUGCAGCUGAGAUGAUUCUCCUUUCGUUUAUCGGUCCUGCGGCUCAGUGCGAAUGGCAACUGUCGCCAAGCCAAGAAGGCGCAGUGUCUAGUGCUGUUUUUGCUGGAGUAUUCGUGGGCGCUUAUGCUUGGGGUCUUCUAGCAGAUACAAGAGGUCGUCGAGUCGCAGUAUUAACAACAGCAGUUUUCACCUCUGUAUUUGGAGUUUUGAGCGCAUUGUCUCCAUCAUUUUUGUGGCUUUUGAUUUCACGAGCACUGGUUGGCUUUGGACUCGGUGGUACAGUUGUUGUAUACGCUCUUCUCAUGGAAUUCCUACCAGUGAAACGUAGGGGCUUCUGGCUCGUCUCCAUUCACAUUUGCUGGACUGUUGGUUCGAUUGCCGAGGCACUCCUAGCUUGGUUGAUCAUCCCCCGCACAAACUGGCGGUGGUUAGUGGGAGUUUCUGCUCUACCAUUCGUAUUUCUUCUCCUGUUUUAUCCGUUGGUACCUGAGUCACCCAGAUAUCUGAUGGUGAAGGGAGAUGUUGAGGGUACAAUGCAAGCCUUGAGGAAAAUUUCGAAAGCCAACCGGAAAUCCUUACCUGCGGGGAGGCUCAUUCCCAGUCUUCCACUUGGCGGGACACUAACUAGAAAAGUGGAAACACUCAGCAGCGAAGUGAGAGACGAGCAGAAGGUAUCUCUGGAAGAGGUGGAGAAAGGUGAUGUGGGAGUGAUUGGAAAGCCUGAAGUGCCAAAAGAGUUGGGAAUGAUAGAAACAAUACAACGCUUGUUCUCACCAGAACUCAGACGCACGACUCUACUGCUGUGGUUUCUCUACUUCGCGAAUUCUCUUGUAUACUAUGGACUCGUCCUUUUGACAACACAACUAGACAUAAAAGAUGGAAAAUCUCACCGCUGCGACGAUCCUUCUCCUUCCAAGAAAGCAGAAAAUAUUUGCCACGAUGGAAAACCCCUCUACGAUGACACACAGUACAGGACAGGGCUUAUCUCCUCUAUAGCUGAGGUUCCGGGUGUGAUUGUGGCUUGUCUCGUGGUUGAUCACUUCGGUCGGAAGAUGAGUCUCGCCGGUCUUUUGGUUGCAUGUGGAGCAUUCAUGAUACCACUCGUUUCUCCCUUGUCCGAGAUGGCCACAAAUUUCUUCUUGUUUGGAGCAAGGAGUUGCAGCAUGGGAGCAUUCUCAGUCUUGUGGGCGUACGCCCCUGAACUCUAUUACACUCAAGUCAGAUCGACGGGAGUUGGAGCAGCCAACUCUAAUGGGCGACUAGGUGGCAUUGUUUGUCCAUAUGUUGCCGUUGCACUCAUUGAAAGCUGUCAAAGGAUGAAGUCGAUUUUUCUCUUCGCUUUCUUCGCAAUGCUGGCUGGAGUGGCAACGUUUUUCUUUCCCAGGGAAAACAAGAUGAGGAAGACACCAGACUAAUUGUAGCUUCAACGAAACCAAGCUGUACACUAUAGACCUGCUUCUCAAUUAACUAAUUGAAACAGAAGCUAGCGCAUAUGCAGGGCACCUCAAAAAGCAGAUAUGUUGAUUAUUCGAACGACCUGCUUCAUACUCCACCUUCAAACGUCUGCUUGAAGAGUUGAAAGCUCUAGUUUUGAGAAGCGGAACGUGAUUUAGCGUAGAAUGUAAAUCGUUUCAACAUCGAUGUUUCGUCGUGCUAAACUUAUCAAUACACUGAUGUUUAAGAAGCUGUAGAGAAAAAACCAAGACGAGCACACAUCAAUAUUGUCGCACAUGCUCUAUAAUGACACAAAGUUUAAAGAACACGUGGAAUCUUCCUUAAAUGCUCUUUACUCGAUUCAAAUCCACCCUGUACCUUGUACUCUGAAGUACUAAAACUACACACCUUUUGCUAAUAACGGUUUCAAUCCUUCGCAACCCACUGACUAGGGUUGGCACUAAGAAGAGAGAGGUUCGAACCUGUAAAAGAUGUGGCUCGUAAUUGAAAUAUCU